AUGUCAGGUCAGAUCAAAACACCAGAGAGUAAAAAUGGCUGUCCGACUUACGCGGCUCGGUCCAACCACUCAAAAAGACCACAAAAAGAGAUCGCAUGGGUCGGUCUCACGGUCGGUCGGUGUCUUUGUGCCGGCCGACUGCAGAUUCUCAUGCACCCCAAGUGGCUCCGCCGUUUGUGCCGUCGUAGCGUCGACUCCCCACAACAACCUACCGUACACUACAUGUACCUUUGCUCCUUGGCUAAGCCUACAGAGAGGUUUCAAGGUACCUAG